UCAGUCACAGUUACAGCAUUUCAGGGCGGGAAAGGUAACCUGGAGAUGACAGACCCCCUCACGGCCCAGAUGGAGGCCCUGGGGCAGCAGGAGUUGGAGGAGGCUCCAGCAGCGAGUUUGUCUCCACGGAAACCUUUGAGGAGCAAGAAGGCGCAGAAGACAUGGAAAAGGAGAACAGCGCUCUCAGCCUCGCCGGGCUUUUCCAGUCGGACGACAGUUGUGAAACCCGUCCCUCCAAAUCGGUGUUCCUGGAGACCGGAGAAAGCACCCAGGGAGGGGAGGAACGCGACGCGGAGGACACGUGAGUGUGCGCGAGGAAGGAAAAGCCCGCGAGUCUGGAGCCAUCGCUCCUCUGACUGUCUUCUCGGAAUUUCACGGCCGGCGCCGAGGAGCGCGUCGGGGUGUCCACCGGCGAGCUGGCUCCCGCGGGGAGACGACCGGCCCCCGGGCAGAGGCGGUGCGGGCGCGGGCGGGAGGCCCGAGGACGCCCUCCCGGCGGAACUGAGCCUGCGGUCCAGGGGGAGGCCGCAGACGGUGCCGAGGGCCCGGCCGCCUAAAGCGGAGGGCAGCCGAGGGGCCUCGGCGGCUGCGGAUCUGCAGCCCUGCGCGGGGACGCCUAAGGCCGCCUUGGGGAGCCGGAGCAACGCCCUGGGAGCCCGCCCCUCCCCGGCCGCCGCGGGGACCUCCGAGCUCCCUAACGCGCCUGCAGAGGCGCCCGCGGAGGCCAAUCAAUACCUUGCGCGCGUGGCUUUGGAGUUACUUAGUUUUAAAGUAGCUAUUGGAAUUGUUAAGGGUGGUUUGAUUUUAAGUUCUCACUGGACAUGGGAUCUGGCUGAGAGUCUUCAAGUCCCCUGAUUUGUUUCUGGAAUGGAGUGGGCUAACACCUGAAAGGGACUCAAGAAAAUCACUUUAAAAUUCAAGAAAACAAAAACAAUGUGUCUCGUUUUGUUAAGAAAGAAGCCGUUUGACGAGGUGGCCAGAAAAGGGCAAAGAUGAAGGGACAGAUCACCAGGGAGGGGCUUUUCAGCACAAUUGUCCAGCAGACGGUUCCUGUCCGAAAAUUUUCAGAACUUUAAGCUAUUUGUGGGGUCACCUUCUCCCACUCCCUUUUCUAACAACAAAGUAUCUUUCCUGAUAAAUACAUGGUGUAUUUCAAAAAUUCAGAAAAUUAAUGUUUUGUGGGGAGAUCAAGCGUCCCCCACUCCUGCCAAAUUUGUUCUGAUGCUCAGACUGAUGAUGAUGCCACACAAUGAUCAAGAGG